AUGAAUCACACUAGGGGUUUCGCAUCAUGCGCCCAAGUUCUUCGCCAGGUUUUCAUUGCACCCACUCGCCCCUCCAGAGCUUGCAUCCUUCCACUCCAAUCGCUUCGAAACGGCACUCAGUUACGCUCCUUCCAACAGUCCCAUCGCCUAGCGCUUAAGGAGUACCGGCCGCCUGUUGUGCAAAGCCCGCGGAAUGAAGGCAUCGGGGCCCCAUUCGUCCACAUCGUCAAUGAAGAAGGCUCUCUGGGGCCUAAGAUCAGCUUGUUGGAUGCGUUGGACUCCUUUGACCGAAACAAAUCUUUCCUCAUGCAAGUGAAAGCAGCAACAGAAGACCUACCGCCUAUCUGUAAACUCUACAAUAAGAAGGAGCACCUGAAAGCGCAAAAGACUUCGGAAAAGGCAGCACGCGCAAGCAAGAGUUCUACCAAGCAGGUGGAACUGAACUGGGCAAUUGAUGCUCAUGAUCUCUCGCAUCGCUUGAAGCAGCUUCAAAAGUUCUUGGAGAAAGACCAUAGGGUGGAGAUUGUUCUUACCACCAAAAGGCGCAAGCGCAACCCCACCGUGCCAGAGAUCAAGCAUGUUGUUCAGAGUGUGCUUGACACAAUUCAAGCAGCUGGAGCCCGACAAACCAGUGAACCAGAGGGAGAGUUGGGGAAGCAACUUAAAUUCGUCGCCAAGAGGCUGAAGCAGGGCGGAGCCCAACAGAAGACCAGCAGCGAGCAAAAGACUGGCAAUGAGGUGAAGACCGGGGAAACUAGCGAGGCCUAGAAGG